GAAGAUUUCGAUUCCGUACGAAACUGAAGCCAACGACAAAGUACCGCGACUUUGGCUAUAAAAGCCAUGGCGAAUUUGGGAGAAGGUAUCAGCUAGCUUCUGCAAUCCACAGGAGGAGCUCAUCUUCAAGAUAUCAAAAUCAAUCAUCACCAUGAAGUCUUUGAUCUUCGUUGCUCUUUUCGCCGCUUUGGCCGUUGCCGAGCCCGCCGCUGAGGCCGAUGCUGAAGCAGGCUAUGGUUAUGGUUAUGGACGUGGUCUCUACAGCGGCUACUAUGGCUAUGGUCGUGGUUACGGAUAUGGUCAUGGUUACGGUUACAACCCCUACGGCUAUUCUUAUGGAAGCAGACACUACGGCAAGCGAAGCGCUGAGGCUGAGCCUACCGCCGUGGCCACCGCUGAGGCCGAAGCCGAAGCCGAUCCCGGACACCUCUACGGAUACGGCUAUGGCUAUGGCCGCCCUGCUUAUGGUUAUAACUACGGCCACUCUCUGUACGGAUACGGUUAUGGCCGUCCAGCGUACGGAUACAGCAGCUACCCCCGAUAUGGUCUGGCUUACGGUUAUGGAAAGCAUUACGGCAAACGAUCCGCUGAGGCCGAGCCUGAGGCCGAUGCUGAGCCUGGAUACGGGUACGGAUAUGGAUACAAAAGCUACGGCUACCCCUCUCGCUCGUACGGAUACCGUGGCUCUUAUGGUCAUGGCCGUGCCAGAUACGGUUAUGCUCCCUAUGGAUAUUACUACUAAAUAGUAUCCAUCGCCAACAAGAACUGCCCUCCCAAACCAUAUCAAAACCAAUACUCCACUUUCAUUCCGACAUUUCCAUUCCUGUUGAAUCGGAGUGGGAUGUGCUAGAAGCAAUCAAUAGACAUCCGUGUAAAGAUGUGCGAUGUGAUUCUGAAUUACAUGACAUUUGAGCAUAGUGUGAAAUACACAAGAAAAUCUA